AUGGAAAUAGGGACCAAUGGGAUGAUGGAGGAGACUUCAGUUGUGCAUCAUUUGUAUGUUUGGAUGAGGAAUGCUUGGAUUAGGAGAUUAGAUUUUGAUUGUGGAGAUUUCGUGUCAUCUCGGUACGUUCUUCGAGUGAAUUUGAUCAGAAGGUGGAUACCGAAUAGAUGCGCAGCACAGCAUCCUUGGAGUGGAAUCGAGGAUUUAUUGAGUUGCAUGAGACACAAUCCGAGUGCAACUCUAGAAUCCGUUGUCCUUGUAGGAGGUGAAAUCAACACGUGUGGGAGACAAUUGAAAAUGUUGGCUUUUCAUUUAGUAGUGAAUGGAAUGAUUGAGACAUAUAGAUUUGGAACCUUCACAGGGAACAUUCGAAAUGCGUCGUCUUCCAAAUCAACGGGGUAA